AUGGCGGCGGCGCUGCGGCUGGCGUGGCUGGGGAGGCCCCGCGGAGGCGUUCUCCUGAAUAAGGCUCUUCUGACCAGAUCAGCCAUUGCCUGUGCUGCAACUGAGGAACGCCAUCCUCUGGCAUGCAGAAUCCACACAUCCCCCAGGAGUUUAGUUCUGAAUAGCCUCGUAUCUAGCCAGAAGCAGCAGCUCACCUUCAGCAGUCGGAAAGGUUUGGAAUGUAUCGCACCAUUGUUUGCCAGUGUGGAGGAGACACCCCAACAAAUCCCUACACAGGUCAAAGGGAACAUCCCCCAAUGGCUCAAGGGCAAGUUGUUGCGGAACGGGCCAGGGAAGUUCGAGUUUGGAAAAGAUAAGUACAACCAUUGGUUUGAUGGUGCUGCCCUGCUACACCAGUUCACUAUUGAGAAUGGGGUCGUGAAAUACCAAAGCAAGUUCCUAAGGAGCGAUUCCUAUAUGGCUAACAUCCAGAACAACCGGAUCACGACCUCUGAAUUUGGAACCCUGGCUAUGCCGGACCCUUGCAAGACCAUUUUUGGUCGCUUCAUGUCAAAGUUCGAACAACCAGGUACCACUGACAACUGCAGUGUGAACUAUGUGGUCUACAAAGGGGACUAUUAUGUCAGCACAGAGACCAGCUUAAUGCACAGAGUAGAUGUGGAAACCCUGGAGUCCAAGGAGAAGGUGGAUUGGAGCAAGUAUGCUGCAGUGAAUGGGGCGACCGCCCACCCACAUUACGACCCAGACGGAACAGCAUACAACAUGGGCAAUUCGUAUGGGAAACAUGGUUCAAAAUAUAACAUCAUUCAGAUCCCCCCACAGAAGUCUAGCCCUGAAGACACCAAUCUGAAGGGCGCAAAAAUCCUGUGCUCCAUUCAGCCAGAAGAGAAGAUGAAGCCCUCCUAUUACCACAGCUUUGGAAUGAGCGAAAACUACGUGAUCUUCAUUGAGCUGCCCCUCAAAAUGAACCUGUGGAAAAUCAUCACAGCCAAGAGUCUUGGCAGGUCCUUUUUGGAUGGAAUCAGCUGGGAGCCUCAGCAAAAUACCCGCUUCCAUGUUGUGAACAAGCUUACAGGGGAGGUCUUGCCCACGCAAUACUAUACCAAGCCCCUCAUGUCUUUCCAUCAAAUCAACGCCUUCGAAGAUCAAGGCUGCAUUAUCCUUGAUCUCUGUUGUCAAGAUGAUGGGGGAGCCCUUGAUAUUUACCGACUGCAGAACCUCCACAAGGCAGGGGAAGCCCUGGACAAGGUCUAUAACUCGGUAACACGGCCGUUUCCAUGGCGCUUCGUUCUUCCCAUCCACGUGGAUCCCAAUAGCCCUAUUGGACAGAAUCUCAACCCCUUGUCCUACGCAUCAGCAAAAGCCAUGAAAGAGGCUGAUGGGAAGAUUUGGUGUACAUAUGAAAGUCUACAUGAUGAGAGCCUAAAGGAAGCAGGAGGCCUGGAAUUCCCUCAGAUUAAUUACACUCUUUGCAAUGGGAAAAAAUAUCGUUUUGUUUACGGCUGUGGCUUUGGCCAUAUGGUUGGAGACUCGUUGGUUAAGAUUGACACAAAGACCAAGGAGGUGAAGAUUUGGAAAGAGAAAGGCACAUAUCCUUCUGAGCCGGUGUUUGUUCCAGAUCCUAAUGCUACUGGGGAGGACAGCGGAGUCAUCCUGUCCGUAGUGGUCACACCCAAGCAGAAUCAAGGCACCUUCCUUCUCAUUCUUGAUGCUGAGAACUUCACUGAACUGGGCCGAGCCGAAGUUCCAGUACAGAUCCCCUAUGGUUUCCAUGGCAUAUUUAUCCAGCAUUAACAGGGAUUCUGUUUGCAGGGAGGGGGAGGACAUAGCAGCAAGGAAAU